AUGGAAGGGGCAAGAAAGAUCAUGAGAAGAUCAGUCUACAAUUUCCUUCAAAACUAUCAAAACUUCACCACCAUUGCUGCUCUAUUGGCUUUUCCUUUCUCUGCCUCAGUCUUGCUCUCACAAUCCUUUCUUGUUCCUUCAUCUUCUUUUACAAUCCACAAUAGGCUAAGAGCUCUGUUUGAGGCUGCAGGUCUGCCUGAAUCUUCUCAACCCUUCAAAACUCUAACUCUCAAGCUAUCUCAAACAAUCUCUUCUUCAAUCUUUACCCUCCCUUUUAGUCUCACUUUCUUUAUUAUGUCAAAAGCAUAUGUAAUUCACAGUCUCAAUCAACAUAAAUCAACUUUGCUUCUCUACAAACCUCUCUUUGUUACUUAUUUAUGCAACUUGUUUAUAGUCCUCUCCGCGAAUGCAACCGCAUUGUCGAUCUUCUUCUUGGGGUUCAAUCUUGUUCAAGAAACUUUGGUUUAUUCUCCCAAUUGGGUGCUCAUAUUGUCUGCUACGGCGGCUGUAAUCUAUUCGGUGAUUCUCGCGAACGUGGUGGUGGUUUGUAACUUGGCAUUGGUUUUGUCAGGCGAAGGGUGCAGAGGAUGGAUUGCAAUUCUCAAAGCUUUGGUAUUGAUGAGAGGGAGGACUUCAACAGCACUUUCUCUUGCACUUCCUGUGAAUAUUGUUCUUGCAGGGAUUGAGGCUUUGUUUCAAUACCGGAUAGUGAGACGGGGUGAUAGAAGUUAUGGAGAUUCCUGCACUACUCCUGCUAUGGCCAUGGAGGGAAUGUUGAUUGCUUAUUUGUACUCAAUCUUUGUGGUUCUUGAUACUGUUGUCAAUCUAAUGUUCUUCAGGAGCUGUGUGAGGGUGGUGGACCAAGAAGAUAUGAACUCUUGCAGGAUUGGUGCUGUAGAGGAGGAGGAGGAGGAGGAGGAGCAGAGUUAUGGUGUUAUAAGCUUCAAAUCAGUGGAGGAGUUUCCAUGA